CAAUUUGGGGACACAGAAUGUUGAGGCUGAGAGCAAAUGACACAAGUUAAAGAGAAUCAAACGAUCAUGGGGAUGGAGGAUGAAAUCAAGAGAUUAAUCAAGGUAUGCCUCUCCAUCUUGGCCUCUCUUUGCUACACCUAUUUCAUAGCUUCUAAGAUUCCCAAAGGCAAACUCAGGUUCUUCUCUCUCCUCCCCAUCUUCUGCCUCUUCACCAUCCUCCCUCUCUCUCUCUCCACUGCCCUCCCUGCUGGAGUUAUUGCCUUGUUCAUCACCUGGGUUGGUAGCUUCAAGGUCCUCCUGUUCUCCUUUGGUCUAGGCCCACUUUCAUCUGGCCCACCACUAAACUCUCUCCCCCUCUUCAUCUUCAGCACUUGUCUCCCAAUCAAGGCAAAGCAAGGUGGACAACAACACCACCAAAUUGCUCCAAACCAGAAGACACCUCAAAACCCUAAAUUGCCUCUCAAUUUGCCAACCAAAGUCUUGCUUUUUGGCAUAUUGGUUGCUCUAACUGACUUCACAAAAUAUGUGCACCCCAACAUUUUACUAAGCCAGUAUUGCUGCAUGUUGUAUCUUUUUGUGGACAUAAUAGUAGGCUUGAGCAAUGCUACCUUGCGAGCCCUUCUUGGCGUGCAACUCGAAUCACCGUCCAAUGAGCCUUACCUUUCAACUUCGCUACAAGAUUUUUGGGGCCGAAGGUGGAACCUCAUGGUAACAAAUACACUUCGCCACACAAUAUAUAAGCCCGUGCAGUUGGCCAUGGAGACCUUCUUGGGGCCCAAAUGGGCCUCACUACCAGCUGUUUUUGUUGCUUUUUUAGUAUCCGGUUUGAUGCACGAGCUCAUAUUCUUUUACAUGACACGUGUGCCUCCCACGUGGGAAGUGACAUGGUAUUUUGUUCUUCAUGGGAUGUGUUUGGUGGUGGAAUUUGGUGUGAAGAGAGCGUUAAGUGGUGGAAGGUGGCAGCUACAUUGGAUUGUGUCAACGCCGUUGACCAUCGGGCUUGUGAUGGUUACCGCGACUUGGCUGUUCUUUCCGCCGUUAGUGAGGAACGGCGUGGACGCAAGAGCUAUUGAAGAGUGCAAGGAAUUGGUAGAAUUUAUGAAGGAAAAGUUAAAAUGGGAUGGUCUGCACACAGUUUAAGCACUCUUAUUGCUUUAAAUGUUUGUACUCAUGCUUUAAAAUUGUUUGUUUUGAGGCUAAAUUGAUGAUAUGCCCCUUGAAAUUGUACGUAAUUUUCAA